GUCAUUGUCAGUGUCAAACUGUUAAAACUCAAAUUUGAAAUCUAACAACUCAAAAGUUGUAAACAAAACAAUGCUUUGCUUGUAUUCUUUUUAGGUAGUUAAUUCUGUAAAUAAACAAAAUUAUGGCUAACGCUGAAAUGCUGACUAUGUACAUUAAAAAACUAAGUCAUCCAUUGAAAGAAAUCCGUGAAAGAUCUCUAUUAUUAUUGUUAGCAAAGUUGAAAUUAGGUUGGGAGUUGGAGGAUGAGUUGUCGGGUACGAGAGAAUUGCUAGAAGGACUUCUGGCUUGGUUCCAGACACCGCAACAGUCUUUACAAAGUGAAGCAUUGGAAUUACUACUUACAACUAUCAAGACAAAAGCCGGCACUUACAUUGCUAGAGAAUUUGGAAUAGAUACUAUUCUAAAUAAUUUGAACAAAGUCCGACAUAAGAUUGCUAGUGAUGCAUUAGAAUUGUAUGAUGAUGUAGUUGAAACCCUGAGGUUUAUUAAUACCGUUGAAUCUGAUGUUAAUGUGGAUAUCCCUCGGUUGACUCUGCCUGAUGUUACAAGUUCUGAAAGUGAUGGGGCAUCAAGCAGUGGUUAUUACAAUUUGGAGCCUAAUAUUCAGUCAUCCAAGGCUACAUCCGUUUCUAAUGAUGACUCUGAUAUCCAUAGAUACAGGAGCUUGAACACCACAGAGUGUGUAAGAGUGCUGCUGUUCCCAUGGGUAGAGUUGUGCCAAUCAGAUAAAAAAACAUUGCUACUGGUAGAGGAUGCAUUAAGACUAUUGAAGUCCACAAGACGGUGCUGCAGAUUCAUUCGCGAUGUUUUUCUGCGCGAUUUCUAUGCUGAAAUAUUCUUAAAUAGACCUGAGAUUAUAAAGAGUUUAUUGACAAUAUCGGAUGGUAACCACGGCGGUCGUCCUGGCGAGGCUCUGUGUGUCCUACUGUACAUAACUAAAGCUUUGCGCGCGCGCCUGCUACAGUUAUCGUCUUUGGAUUUGAUACAUGAAACUAAUAAGGUUUCAGAAGAACACAGAGAUGUAAUAGACGAAGGUGUAAAUCUAGAAUUGGAGGAGAUAGCUGGUGAGCCACACCCUCGCACGCCUGCUGAAGAAGAUGGUCUUGUAGUUCUGCGACAACUGCCUGCACCCUUGUAUGCCCUGGACACGCUACAUGCAGUACUCACUAUAAUGGCUAGAAGCGUCGUGUUAGCUGACCCAGUUGAUAAAACUGAGUAUUUGACUGUUAGAGAAUUAAACACAUGCCUCUGCCUAAUAGAAAGUUUAGUUGAAUUGUUACUUGACUGCAUUAACGACAGCUUUUGGAGUAUGGAUCAUAACGCCAAGACUUACAGAGACAUAUCACAUAAAAGCUGCAUGGUUAUGCGCUUGAUGGGAGACCUAUUGAACAAAUAUAGAAAGUCAUUUUUCGAUGAUCUCGACCGUAGUCAUCAUCGUGUGGCUUGGUUACGUCUGACGUUUUGCGCAGAAAAGCUAUUGCACUGGGCACGAGACUCUGCUCGGCCACCGACUUCGCUUGUUAAUGGAUUACAAAUAGCUCAGCUCGAUCCGGGAGUUGAACUGUUUUAUCCAAUGUUAAGUAAGAAGAUUGAAUUGGUUUUACAGAGUACCAGAAUAACUGUAAAUCAAGAAUACAAAAGCAAAUAUAGAGAACUAAAGAAACUAUUCUCAAGCAUGGAUGGGGCUGCCCAGUUUAUGAACAAUAAAAAGUUGCAUAAAUCUAAGAAAAUCCUCACGUGCAUAAAGACUUCUAUCCCUAUUCUAGAGCUUUUUCAAAGUGAGCAUCUUUUGGUUGACAUGGCAGAUGUAUUGGUGAAAAAGGCGAAAGAUUUGGACUUAAAUGACAGUGACUGGUCUGUCGCACGAAGUAUUGCCUUAUCUUUGAUGGGUCACAAUGUAGAUUGGGUGCAAAUUACAUUUUAUAAGUCAUUAGCGGAGAUGGUGAAGUCUGUUUUGGUUGGAGAUGAGAAUGAGAAGUGUCUGACUUUAUUGUGUGAUGUUGGUAUAUUGACGGAGAUAUGCUGUCAUGGACUCUCUUCUAAAUGUAAAGAGGUAGAAGAAAGUUCUUCAGAUAUAAUGUUGUAUUUAUUACGUGGACGGCUGGUACUCAGUGAGGGUUGUUGGUGGCGACUACUGGCGAGUUUGCUGCCUAUACUACCGUUGUUGCAUGUUUAUGCUGCUCAUGAAACGCAAUUAGGAAAAGCAAUAUGUAAAUCUCUGGAACGCGACAUAGCAGAUUGUUUGGGCGUGUCAGCAUCCGAAGUGAUGGCCGGCUUGGUUCGUCUUAUGUUCGUACGAUGCGUUGCAGUACAACUUGAUGCAGCGCACACCUUAUGUCGAUUACUAGAUGAUGAGCACUAUUUGCCACCUAAAGAGUCGCUGCGAGCUGAUGUUUUAUUGAGCGCAUUACGUAGAGUUAAACGACAGGAGUUUAAUAUAGACUACGAAAGUUCACCGACUAAAGUACCACAGACAACAGGGUUGACUCAAAUCCUGGACGUGUUAAAACAAGACAUAGUACUUGAUGAAGAAGGGCAAUACAUAUCUCGGCACACGAUGCAACCUGCCCUCGAACCCUCGUUGCGACGUAGUACGUUGCAGCAACUCGCUGUCAUAGUGCGACAGCAGAACUUACACGACGUGUUCUUGCAAUAUGACGGUGUUAAUAUUAUUGUGGCUACAUUGAGAAUGUCACUGAUGGUGGACGAUUAUCUAGCAUUUCCGGAAUGUGCAAUCAGUUGCGUGUCCAUAUUGAACAGCGUAUGUUUUGCCAGUAGACACAACUUGGCUAAGAUACCGGAUUUACCUGCACUUUUGCUUAGAGUAAUCCUUGUAUUCCCUGCAAAUGAUUCAUCUGUACUCAUGGCUGCACAAGUCCUGGCGAUUAUAGCAUGGGCAGGUUUCACUCUGCAGGAGUUGGAUGCAUCAAGACGCCGCAUACCAGCAUUACCUCUCAAUGUUACUCAGAGAACCUUGCUGCCGUUCGAAGCUAACAGCUACUGGAAUACCAGCCCUAAUGCAGAACAUUCUAGUGUUGAAUGGCUGCUAGCCGAUGAAGAGUGGCGGACAGCAGUACGUGUUCGUUGGUGGUGCACCAACUCUGGUCGUUCCCGUCUUCUGACAGAGCCACCCCCUACAGCCCCUCUAGCCUUACGCCCUACUCCCCGUGACCUAGCCACCUUGAGAGCAUCCUGCCCUAUCUUCAGCAGUACUAGAGCAUUGCUAGAUCUACAAAACGCUACUACACACAGACAGGUUACAGAAGCUUUGCAUUUAUUGGAAAGCUACGUUUAUUUAGUUGCACCAUCGGGCGUCAAUAAGAAGGAGUAUAGCUCGUUGCCAUGGCAACACAUGAGGCGGUUCCUAGACGCCCCUCCCGCUUCAUCACGCGACACCUCACUGCUUUGUUCUCUAUUGCACUUCGUUAUAGCAUACAUGGAUAAUGUGCCGAAGUCUGAUGGCACAAUGUCCUGGAUAAAAUCGUCAUUUAUUGGCAAUGAAGCGCACAUAAUCUCUCUUUUAAGUAGAGAUCAGUUGUACCCCCAGCAAACUGCGCAGGAGUGCAUAGAAGUGACACAACUACACAUACACAUUGUGAAGGUGCUACUACGAUGUGUGAUGAUGCUCGAAAUCUGGGAUGAUUAUGACAGCUACAAGUUGGAGAGCUUGUUGAAAAUUCUACUAGUCUGCUUGGACAAAGUGGAUUUAAAGAAUUUCCAUAUGCUUGGCUACCUGAAUGAAUUAAUGCGUUGCAUACGAUACGCCGUCAAUUCUCGGUACUGUAAGCUGUCAGAAGAUACUCUGAUCCAGUGCUUGAAAGUAGUGGCGAGGACAUUGAGUGGGUGUGCUUCGGGCGGUGGAUGUAAGGGACAGGCUUGCAGACUGGAUGCCACGUUGUCUUUGCUGGCACUGUUGAGGCAGAUACAUGAUGAAGCUAUACCUGUGCAGAGAUGGAGUGAAGUCUUCAACAGUGAUGUGGUACGCGCUGUGGUGAAGGGCGUGAGGGGGGCACGCCCACAACUUCGAGCGGCCGCUCUACACGUGGUCGCUGCGCUUGCGCAUUAUGCACAACUUAUGCCCCAUUUAAUGCAAGCAAUACAAGAGCCCUCACUAUCUCAGUUUGCUGCGAACAUAUUUGCGCAGCGUCGUGAAGCGAAUUCUGUGCGAGCCGCGGCAGCUGCCCUUCUCGCUUCGAUUGCCGCGAGAGCUUCUCCACGAUCAGAUGUUUUGGAGUGCGAUGUGUUAGAACAACUGGAAGAAAACAACUUCAUAGAGAAUAGUUUAGAAAUUCUUGUUGAUUUCUGCAACGCCAAAGAUUACAAACAGUCGUUCGAAGGGAAUGUGUCGCUAAGUUUGUUGGAGCGUCGUUCGGAGUUUGAGGUUCGUGCACAGAAGUGUGGGGACGACCAUGUAUCGACUGCCCAGAUUACCAACAAGUCACGACCACCCCCUACAGCUUCUUUAGUGACAGCUCUAUCUGAUGCACUCCACAACAUCAGCGCUUUCCCACAUUGCCCCGUCCAAGCCUGGAAUGAGCAAGGACUAUACAGACUACUUUUCAGAUGCGCCUCCUGGUCGGUAGACAACCAAACCGAGACGUACGAAGUUCGUGCGGCGGCAUGUCGCGCGCUGCUAGCCGUGACAGCGCACAAAUGCGUCCGAUUAUCCCUCGCCGCGACUAAGGACUGUCUACACAACUUACUAAUGACUUUAAUGCCAUUCGGAGAAGAUGAAGAGGCAGAGAUCUGCAUAGUGGCGCGUGCGCAAGCUAUGUCGCUGCUCGCGUCGUUGCUUGCGGAGAAGGCAGCUAUCGACACCGUGUGGCAAGUACUGAAAGACACGCAUCAAACAGACUUCUUCCAUUUACUUCUGCAGAGCUUGGAGAGCGAUGAGAUUGAGCUCCAAGACGCAGCCCUAUACUGCCUCACACAGCUAACCCAAUCUAUGUCACAGAAGCGACACGCAGACAAAACAAAAGACGAGACUUGUGCAGAGUUCUAUGAUAAUCUCAAAUCCCCACAUUGGGAUGGAGUGCAGAUUGACAAGUGUGGUGGUGGGGAUAGCGCGCGGAGUAACGACUGCCAACCGGAGUACUUGGCUGAGGAAAUAUUUAAGGCUCUGAUUUAUAUGUACAAGAAAUUAGCGUUGGAGAACAAGAAACCUGAGUCUAGUGAAGAUGAGCGCUGGAUACGAGUAUGUUCAUGCUUGGCGUCCGUCCUAUCGGUGAGUGGUCGCAGCCGUCAGUAUGCGGUACAUCGACAUCUGCCUCGAGUCCUGCUGACCACGUUGCAGGCUGUUAGAGACCAUCUUUCCAUGCAUGGGAAACCCGCUGAUGUUAUCAAGACUGCGAAUAAUCAUCCAGUGCUACAAACACUAUACUGGCUCCUGGUAGUAAUGGACUGCCUGAUGCUGGAGUGUCCCGCGGCUAAGGAGAGCUUCGCAGACGACAACCUGACCGUCUCCCUCUGCAGACUGUGGCCCUGGUGUAUGAUGACUGAACAGCUGCGGCUGGCCGUCAUGCAUCUCUUGUACACGUUCACUAAUAAUUGUCCUAAAGCGUGGGGCGGUAUGUGUGCGUGUGUGGGCGGGCGCAGCUUGGUGUGCGAGGUGUGCGCGCUGUGUACCCGGGAGACGCAACUGGCGGGCCGCGCGCGGGCGCCCGGCUUACUGCUGUUGGCGCUGCAUACCUUGCGGCGCUUACUGCCGCACCACCACUGCAGGACUAUACUGCUUAAGAGCGAAGUACUAUCAAGUAUGUACCGGCUGUGUAUCCGUGAGCGUGUACGUGGUGCGGGUGUGGGCGGGGCGUGCUGGGCUCGUCUGUGCGAGCGCGCGGCCCGCACUGCAGAGGGCGCCGCCGUCGUGCUGUCGCUGCCGGCCGGGGCCGCGCCGCUGGCCGCGCUACCGGCCUCGGUGCGAGCGGGACUGAUGCCCGCUAUCGCUCAUGCCGCGCAUCAUCAGCGUAUCACGUUCUUACAAUCUCCUGAUCUAUUGGAACUGCUGUCUGGAACUUUGCUGGCUGGAGACACCGCGGAGAUUGUGUCAGCUUCGCGAGCUGUCUGGGCAUUAGCUGCUAAUAACCACAAGGCAAAGCUGGUACUUCGGAGCGCGGGCGUCGCUUCGGCAGUGCAAACAGCGUUGCAGCGACUGCAGCGCUCUGCACGAGAACCCGACGUACAACGCGCCCUGCAACUACUCACAUACACCAACACUGUGCUGCAGACCACGUGAUAAUCCAUCUUUCUUUUAAAAUGUUUAAAUUACAGUGUGCCUUGUAAUGUUGAUUCUACUUUGAUGUUUAUAAGGUAUAUUGUUCAAUGAAAUGAAAGACUUGAUUGUAAUUGUAUUUAUAUUUUUGCUAGUUAAAAUUUGUUGUGAUAAAUGAAUUUCGAAUUUUAUAUAUUUUUUGAAUAGAAAUUCUUAUAAUUGGCCGCUAUCAACCCUAACCAAAAAAAUGUAAGAUUCAUAGCAAUUGGCCUUCCAUUAUCUAUGCCUACCCUCAUGGGAGAAAGGCGUGAGGUUAUGUAUGUAUGUAUGUUUGAAAUGUUUGAAAAACCCGUCCUUAGUUUAAUGAAAUAAAGUUACUUCUUUUUAUCAUUAUACAAUACAUACAACCGCUUGUAAACAGCCUUAAUCCUUAGCAAUAUAAAUCAUCCCUAAUUCUGAGACCAGAAUCAGCCCUAAUUCAGGAUGGCUUAAAAAGUAAAUAUACUAUAACUAGUUAUGUAUCUACAUAAUUGUGUCAUCCAAGUCAUAUGAUCCUGAUAAUGUGAAUGUUACUAUGUAUGUAUGUUUAUCCUUACCUAAUCUCAUGUUUGUAUUCAACAAUUUGGCUGCUAAAGCCCGAAUACUGAAACGCUACGCAAAUUUAAGUGAUAUUAAAAAAUCUAGCUAUCUCUUUCAUUUUAUAAAGAAUUUGUAGUGACAGAACUAUUUCUGAGAGCGUCUUAAAAUUGAGUGACGUUUGAGUAUUUGACCAUAAGUCACAUGAUUUUUGUAUUAAUGGUAAAUGAAUUAUUCUCUCAAAGAGCGGAUCUGAUUACAAACUAACAGUAUUAAUGUUUGUGUGAGUGUGACUCGAAUUUGGACUGAAUGUAAUUAAAUGGUAAGUAUGUAUGUUGUAAUUUGUAAUAAAUGCAUUUUUUUUAAAUA